UAGAUCUGCAACCGAGCGACGUAUGUGUCGGUUUACAGAUGGUUAUACAAUUGAUUGUUGACUAAAUGUAAGUCAACACAUUUUUUCCAGCUAUUGUUAAGGUUGAAUUCGUUGUAAAAGUCUCUCUUGCGACUUGCGGGGCGCUAACUUGUGGGAUUAGUUUGCAUGCAGCCCGACAGCGGAGGCAGACUGCGGUGGGAUGGGCUGUGAGGUGUUCAAGAUGGCGGCGCCCUGUGGAGUGCAGCUACUCUAACAGAGGUGCCUGGAGACUGUAUUGGUGGGUGGCCCCAGGAGUCCUCCAGGCAGGCAGGGACGGACACCGUAAGAGAGACGCUGCCUCCCCCCAGCACUGCCACCACCAUGGCCAGGGAGCAGCCCAACGUGGGGGACCUCCUCCCGCUCCUCGAGACCUCCGACCUCCAGCAGCUAGAAGAGAUCCGAGGCCUCAUCAACGAGCAUCUCAGCACCGAGCGAGGUUCCAUGCUGCUAAACGGACUGGUUGAUUACUUUUUGGAAACAAAUUCUGCCCAGGCCAUGCAUAUCCUCUCGUCAGUCAGAGAGCCCCACGAUAAGCACCUUCUGGACAAGAUGAAUGAGUGUAUGACCAAACAGGCCUGCCGGCUCCCCACCCUCACCCUGCUCGGCCAUGUCAUCCGCAAGCAGCCGUCCUGGAUCCACAAGAUCGCUCGAUACCCUCUGCUGCUCUCGCUGCUCAAAUGCCUGAAGACGGACAUAGACGUGGUGGUGCUGAUAACUGGAGUUCUGGUGCUGAUCACUCUGCUCCCCAUGAUCCCUCAAGCUGGGAAACAACACCUGUGGGAGUACUUCGACAUCUUCGGUCGCCUGGCGUCUUGGAACCUUAAGAAUCCAGGGCACGUAUCUGAGGUGUAUCUGAUCCACCUGCACGCCAGCGUCUACUCCCUCUUCCACCGUCUCUACGGCAUGUAUCCGUGCAACUUCGUGUCCUACCUGCGCUCCCAUUACAGCAUGAAGGAGAACAUGGAAACCUUUGAAGAAGUAGUGAAGCCGAUGCUAGAGCACGUCCGUAUUCACCCAGAACUGGUGACGGGAACCAAGGACCACGAGCUGGACCCCACCAGGUGGAAAAAGUAUGAAAUCCACGAUAUCGUCAUCGAAUGUGCCAAAGUGUCUCUAGACCCGAAGGAGGCCUCCUGUGAGGAGGGAUACGCCACCAUGCCUGAGAACUUCUACCCCCAAAUCCACCUGCGACCACAAGACUGCACUUCCAGCCCCUACACUGACCUCCACAGCAGCUACGGAAGCUCUUCUUCGACCCCGUUCUCCACUCCACGGCAGCCGCUCCCCCCGCCCCUGUCCUUGCCCCCCUUCUCAGGGACACAGUCCUCCUCCCGCAGCCCACAGACCUCCAGACGGCAGAACUCCACCUGUGAACUCAACUCUUCCUGCGGGGGGAAGGACCCUCUGUGGAGCCCCUCCUCGUUGUGCGGCAUGGCCACGCCCCCUUCCUCCAGGGGCAUGUCGCCCAACCUAGAGCUCUCCCACAGUGCCUCACACCUUCCCAGCCGCUUCCACUGCACAUCAGGAGGGAAAGGAACGCCAGCCUCCAGCACUCCAGCCACCUCCUCCCCGCCUCCCACCCUAUCAGAUGACUUCCCCAUAAUCUCUUUACCAGCCAACACAGUCCAGUCCAGUCCGCCUAGAAAGGACCGUCGACAAGGAGAAAGCAGUAAGCCUGUGCUGGUGAGACAGGAGCCAGUGAGAGAGACGGAGAAGAGCGCAGAAGUUCCCGCAAACAGAGAUGCAGGAGCUGCUGAGAACGUCUCCAUGACUCUGACGGAGCUGUCGGUCUUCAUGAAGAAACAGGAGCUGGAGCUUCAGCUGAGAACAGAGAAGGAGAGGGAAGAGGCUGCCAUCACCGAGGAGCUGCUGAAGAUCACCGAGGAGAAGCAGGAGUUGUCGGGCCUAAGGGGCUUCGACUCGCCCUUCUACCACACCACUGAGACUCUGACCGGCUGUCAGGCACAAGACAAGACCCUCUCCAACGCCCAGUCUGGAGACCCUGUCACCUACCAUGUUGAAUCGACGCCAGACAAAGCGGAGACCACUGCGAGCAGCAGCGGCGUCGGGAGCGAAAGAGAAGGAAGGGGAGCGGGAGACAGCAGGGGGUCAGCCCCCGGUCUCGAGCAGUCCUGGUCCUUCCAGUCAUGCUUCACCCCCAUAGACCACCACCUGCACAGGAGCCCCUCGGCCCCGGACGACGAGGUUGGCAAGUUCGGGAUGUUCUCCCCGAGCCCGUGCAGCAAGACCCCGGCCAUGGUGCCCUACGAGUCGUUCUUCGACCUGGCUCUGCCCCGAGCAGCGUCGCUCUUUGUGGGCCAGAAGACGUCGGAGGCGGUGCACAAGGCGGCGCUGGAGAGGCUGUUGCAGCAGGAGGAAGGCCUGGAGGACGGGGAGGAGGAAGGGGUAGCGACCGCUUCGCCCCUGGAGGUGCUGGAUCGCCUUGUUCAGCAGGGGAGCGACACCCACGAUAAAGUUCUCAAGAGAUUACCUUUGCCAAGUAAGUCAGCUGACUGGACGCACUUUGGAGGUUCGGCCCCGCUGGACGAGCUUCACACGCUGCGCAGCCAGCUGCUCCUGCUGCACAACCAGCUGCUGUACGAGCGCUACAAGAGGGAGCAGCACGCCGUCCGCAACCGCCGCCUCCUCCGACGUAUCAUCAACGCCACCGCGCUGGAGGAGCAGAACAACGCCAUGAAGGACCAGCUGAACCUGCAGAGUGUUGACAUCGUGUCUCUGAGGGAGAGUCUGCAGGUGGAGCAGCAGCGCUACAGGCAGCUGUGGGACGACCGGGAGACGGUGGUGACCCGACUGCACAGUCAGAUCAGACAGCUGCAGCAGGGGCGGGACGACUACUACACCAAGAACCAGGAGCUUCAGAGCAAGUUGCAGGAGUAUCAGAAAAGGAUGGAUGAGCUGGAGGCGGAGCUUCAGAGGGCCAACAACAAAGUCUGCCAUACUGGUCACCUCCUCAACCAGAUGACUAUCAAGCUGAGCAACAGCGAGAGCACCCAGCAGCAGAUGAGCUUCCUGAACAAGCAGCUGCUGCUCCUCGGGGAGGCGCACAAGCUGUCCAUGCAGGACCUGCAGCACGCAGGCGCCGAUAAUACCAAGGAGGCCCAGAUGCUGAAGGUGUCUUACGGAAAUGAGGUUGAGACCCUGAAGCAGAGCCUGCUGGUUCAGGGUCAGAAACUGGAGGCGGCGCAGCAGAGAGUCGCCGAGCUGGAGACGCACCUCUCCAAGAAGGAACACCUCAUCGCCGAGCAGAAGAAGUUCCUGGAGGAUGUGAAAUGUCAAGCAAAAGCGGAGCUGCAGGCCUCAGACAGCAGGUAUAAGGCCCAGAGGAGGAUCACUCAGAUGCUGCAGACUGAACUCCUACAGCUCUACAGCAGGGUGGAGAUGGAGGCUCCUGCCAGCACUGUCUGCAGUUCACCACCAGGGGGCAGAGCUGACCCACACACUUGUGCUGACUCCAGUGUCACGGUGCCAGGUGGACAAAGCAAACCUCACACCAUCGAGGAGUUGGACGGUAGACCGCCCCACGACUCCCCCCAGGGAAAUGGCAGCACUUUAUUGCCGCGCCAUCCAAAACCGAGCAACUCUUCCAAGACGACGGCCAACUCCAUCAACGGCAGCCAGGACCCGGCCCCGCCCCUGCUGGUGGAGCCCUCCAUGACCUGUCCCUACAGCAACCCGCUCACUCCCCUGCCUCCCUGCGAAGCACCGGUCACCGUGGGCUCCUACCCCAGCGCCAAGAGCUUCCUGGGGAUGAGGGCCCGCGAGCUGUUCCGCAACAAGAGCGAGAGUCAGUGUGACGAGGAAGAACCGUCGACGCGUCUCUCCGGUCUCGCCCACGGCCUGAAGACGGAUCUGUGCGUGGAGCCGCCGUGCCCAGGUUUCGACGCCCCCAUCGGUCCCGCACCUUCCCCCAUUCCAACUCCAACCCCGGCCCACACCACCCCUCUCACUGUGCCCAUCAAGGAGCCGCCCUCUGAGCCCAAGCAGCGGGCCUCCAGCCAGGAAAGCCCCCGCAGGAAGGCAGCGUCAGGCUCAGGCGGAGGGCGAGGUCAGGCAGGGUCAGGGCGCCCCCGGCAGCAGCAGCUAAAGAUCAUGGACUACAACGAAACACACCACGAGCACAGCUAGAGACACGGGAUGCAGGGCGGCGGCCGAGAGACUACAAGUUUUAAACGAUGGAGAAAGAGCUACAAAUCAGCUGAAGAGUUAACAUGUCAGUGACUCUUUGGAAUUCAGUGUUAUUUGUUCAAAUCCUCUGAGUGGACAACAGGAUUUCCCAUAAUGUUUUCCUACCUUUUUUUUUUUUGCUUCUUUUUUUAUACUGUCAUUCCCCUGAAAAAAUGUUGACAAGGUGUGUUGUUACCGGUGGAGAUGCUAGUCGUAGGAAUUUGGAUUUGAUGCAAAGAUGCUAAUGCUAGCAAGAUGACACUGUGAGUCUGAAAGUGAAAUGAAAAGUUCAUGCAAAAUACAAAAACCCCACUUUGCUCGAGUCGCUUUAUAAUGCCUUCACAGCCAACACAAUGUUAGCAGCAACUUGUCUUCUGAACCAGUGACAGUCCACAAACCAUUUUGAAUUUGUACUCGAACUACUUUCUAGUAAAGAAAUAGUCACUUUAAAAAAGAAUCAUAUUGAGGUUUGUGGGUUAACAUGGACACUAUUUCAGGACAGACUGGCUGUGAUAUUUAUAAGAUAUCAGGGCAUGCCAAAUAUUGCUUAUUUCACCACCAUUGUGUUGCCUAUGAAAACAGGAAUCUAAGAGACAGAUAUCUCAACAUUUGGACAGGAUAAAACAAUAUACUACUAGAGUUCAUGGAGAAUUCCUUUUUAUAGUUUGGGUGUAAUGACCCUUUAAAAUCCAAACAAGGAGCGAGUAAUGUUACAUCUGUCACGAUCAUCUGUUAGGCGUGCUUUGGCGUUGACCAUGGACUGAAAUAUAUGUUAGAUAUCAGAACGCAAGUCGAGGGUUCCAUCAAAGCGGUGAUAAGUUUAUUAUCGAGAAACUUUGAAGUGAAACCAAUUGAAAAACUGACAUUUCCAUACAAAGUUCAAUUGAGUUUUUGUCCAAAUUAAGUCAGAGAGAGAAUGUGUGUUAUUUGCGAAUGGGCGAGCAUGUAGGUCGUGUUGGUUCUCGCAUUUCAGCAGAAAUGCAAUGAGGAAAGUGUAUGAAAAUGAAACCUGAUAAAACUGUUUGCAUUUUUAUGUAUUCCAUUGUACCUUUUAUGUUUUAUUUAUUCAGCCAUGAAGGGCUCCCAUGACGUACAUAUCCUAAAUUUAAACAGACCUGGCAAGUAACACAAGCCAUAAGCUAUUAAAAAAAGUCAUCUUUUUCUGUUGAAAGAUGAUUUCUAAAUUGUGUUUGUUUCUCAUGUUGAGUGUACAUUCAGCUAGUACAGCGUGGGAAACAAACCAAGUACAUGUUGUCCAAUCCUGUGUCCUUCUGCAGGUCUGAUAAACAGGGAGUUUCCUCGUUUCCUUCUGAUUAUUAGAAGUAAACUCUGGCAUUGAAAGUCAUCUAAAUCCUGUUGUCCACCUGGAACUCCUGCUGUCACUUCCUUUUGCCUCGCUAUCUAAAGCAUGUUCAACAAUCCACUUUAAAUGCCAACAGUAGUAACUACCGCAAACCAAGACAGAAGGUACAAUCAGCACAAACUGAAGAAAAACCAGGACUCUGACCAGAGCUGGAGAUAUCUGGGAUAAAAUGGCAAAAAAGGAAGUUCUUAAAGCAGUGGCUUGUGUUUAACUGUGAACAAUAAAGAUCGUCUUCAAUGUUUUGCACUACAA